UCAUAGAAUCCAUUCCAAGUUCAGCCAAGGAAGUGUGUUGACUGACAGUCUUCAAGUCUUUAAUACCUGCGAUCAAAAAUUCGUACUUAUAAAGAGAUAAAGAUCGUUAAGGGUACCACCGAUAACAAGUUCCUGAUCGAUAUUCUGCAUGUCCGCAAUAAGGCCGACGUCUCCAAUCGCUCCCCAUUGAAUAGCUAAUCCAGAUAUCCAUGUGCACUGUUCACAUCAUAAUAUGAUCACAUCAAGAAAAAUCUAACUUUUAUCAUAAAUAACAGUACGAUAAAUACCAUCUCAUUCAAAUAAACAAACAGUGAUCUUUUGCUGAAUUGAUAUAAUUACAUAAUGAAUAUAUCAUUUAUAUAAGGAAACAACGAUCAAAUCAUAUAAUAUUAUGAUUAAAACGAUACGAUCAAAAGAUUGCAAUUCGUCAUUUAUAACUUCACUGUAUCUUUCAACAAUACGCUAUUCAUAACGGUCGCGCUUCGAACUCCAUGAUGUUAAUAUUCAAAAUUAUCUCUCAGAAGCUUUACGAUGAUUCGUUCUAGACGACACAUUUCUUAAUCUAAAUAACCAAUAGAAAUGCAGAUAUAAAUGUAACAAGAUAUCUUUCCAUUAAAUUUCUUUGUCAGUUUUCAAAUAAUUCGCUCAUAAAAUGGCGGGCAGAAGAAGUUCACCGAUUGGUGAACAUUUUUCUUAUUAAGCUUAAGUUUGACGAUUUUCGAAAUAAGAUUAAAUGGAAAGGUUGUUAUCCAAUCAAAAAUUCUAAUAUUUUAAUAUAUUUAAAUAUUAUAAAAACAUUUAUAUAUAUAUAGAAAAAACUGAAGAUCAUGGUAAUCAAAUUGAAAAUGAUUUCUAAUUUAAGAAGUGUUCACACACACGUGGAGAUUUAUGUAAGUAGUAUGUGUAAAUUGUAUACAGUAUGUUUUGUGCAUGGAGGAUCUUACAAAUUACAAAUAUUAUUUCUUUUUAACAUUAGUGAAGAAGCCUUCGAAAGGAAGAAAGUGUAUUAAAAUUAAAAGUAAUAUAAACACAAUACGGAUAUUUAAUAUACAAUAAUGUCCAUAUAAAUGUCUCUCAUAUAAAUUAUUAAAUACGAUAAUUUUAUAAAACAUGGAAUUAAUUACAAUAGAAUUAAGACCCCGUCUUCGAUCUUGUACAGUUUUUCUAUUUAUGCAAAAAUCUAUAAGCUUAGAUAAAAUACAAAUUAAACUCUUGGAAACAAGUAUCGUAUUGUUAAUAGGGGAAAAUGUAACAUCUAUCAUAUUACCAAAUAUAAAAAUUGUACCAACGUCAUUGUCUUCCUUGAGUGUAGUAGAUAGAUGGGUGUGUUUUCGUUUACAUACACAGCCAUCAGAUUCAGAAUUUGGAUCAUUUCAAAGAGAAGUUAUCACAGAUACAAAAGCACAAUUUAAUAUAUUAGAAAGUAAGAGAAAGAUAAUUAAAAAUUCUAAAUGUACAAUAUUGUGUAUGUGUUGUAAGAAUGUAUUUUGUAAUGAGCUUUAUUUUCAAAGAGUUUUACCAUUUCCUAAUAUUGACUUUGACCCAUCUGAAUGGUUCUGUAGCAAAAAUGAUAUAGAUUUCGUAUCACUAUUACAUCCAAAUGAAUUAGAUCUUUUUUAUGGCCCAUAUUUUUCAAUAAUAAAUAGCAAUAUUUUUUACAAUUACAAAAAAAACAAAAAAGACAUUUUAUGUAACAGAUGUUUGUUAAAUGUAGGACUUGAGGAUAAAGGUAAUUCGUUUAAGAUUUGGGAUUGUUGCAUUGAUUAUAAAUUGGAGACAGAUAAAAUAAUUAUUGAAGAAGCAUCUAAUCCUCUUCAUGAUUUUAUAACAAUUAUUAAAAGUUUCAUUAGUAAUAAUACAUUUGGUGAAAUUAUUCUAGAAUGUUUAUUAGCUAAACAAUCGCAUUAUAUAGUAAUUAAACCAAUGGAUAUGCGGUUAGGUAUACUUACAGAAGAAAAUGUAAAAUGCAACAAUGACAAGAUUAAUCUAAAAGAAACUUUUGUUAUUAAAGUAUUGUACAAAUAUGGAACAGACAAAAUGAUUUUACCUGAAGAUUGUAUCAAUGCAAAAAAUUAUGAAGUAAGUUUAUCUAUAAUUGAAGCUGGAUUUAAUUACUUAUUAUUAUCAACAAAACGAUUUCCAAAAGAUUAUAAAACCAUUGAGGAUUAUUAUAUUGGUUAUAUAAAUAUAGAAUAAACUAAUUGACUGUUUUGACUCUUAAAAAAAGAUAUGUAUAUAAAAAAAUAUAUCAUUUCUCAAACUUGACUUAUUUUUUUAAAUUUUAUGCAUCAAGUUAUGUAUGAUAUAGUACAUAAAACAAAAUAUAUAUAUAUAUAUAUUUUUUUUUGAACAAAUUAGUAACAUUUUAUUGAAUCAUUGAUUUACAGUUUUCUUAACUUAUCUCCACUACUAUACUACUAGGCUGUAUUGUACAGUAUUAAUUUCCUAUAUUCUGGCACUAUAUUCCAAUUUUAUUUAAAAGUAUUACCACUGCUUUAGAUAUAGCAGCUCUAGAAAAUUAAAUAUAAAUUAUAUAUUUUUAUAAUUUUUAUUACUUUUUGAAGUGCCUGUUAUUUGCCAAAUCAAAUGUGAUGCAAGAAAAUAUAAAAAGAUAAAAAAAAAAUAUGUAUAAUAUUAAUGUUUAAAUAUAAUUAAAGUGCAUGUACGUAAUUUUCAUUUUCUCUCAUUAACUUCUAUUGAUUUACAUAUGUAUAUGUAUAAUUUUACAAACAUCAAGAAAAAUAACGUUGAAAAUGCUAAUAAAACUAUCUCCAUAGCAUAAAAGAGAAACAUACAUUUUGAUUUACUACUUUUUCUUAUUGUUAAUAUUUUCCGUAUUUUAUAUCUCAUAUAUUUGAUGCAACCAACACAUACAUAUUAGUUAUAGAAGAAUUUGUGAAUUAUACAGUUUAUACUUAAAAACUUUCAUGAAAACAAUAUUUUAUAUAAAUUUUUACGAAAAUGAUUAAUCAUAUGAUUUUUCAUAAGUAUUCAUUGUAUUAAUAUCAUUCUAUGACUGAUGUUGUACUAUUAGUAGACAAUGAUAUAAAAUAUAUUACAAACAUGCAGAUUUUAAGACCCAUGCAUUAAAGAUAAUCAUUUAUAAUAUUCUUGGAGA